UGAUGGGGCUGAGUCGUUGGUUGCUCUGGUGAUGCGGAGGGCGGGGACUGGUAACCCGGUAACCACCGAAACACUGCUGAUAGGAUGGCAUUGCGGAAGAACUUAAAAUCCAAUGCAAGCAGCAAAUUGGUGAUCACCUCAGCUGCUUUCCAAGACCACAUAAUGCGAAGCCUGCUGCAUCCAGAUUUCUCACUUUCUGACCCUUUGCGGAGACGCAGUAGAGGCAAACAUCCCCAGGUGAGAGAAGGAGUGGAAGAAAGGGAUCUGCAAAGGCGACAUGAGCAAGAAGAGAGAGAAUACGUGCUUGGCCCUGCUCCACCACCGUUAACUUUAGCUCAAAAGUUGGGUUUGGUGGCCUCCCCUAGAGAGAGACUGACAGAGGAUGAGUGGACCCGGGUCAAAGGAAGGUCCAUUCAGCAGGAGGAAUCAGCUCAGCCCUGUGCAAUAUGCAGGGAGGAGUUUCGACUCCAGCCUCAGGUGUUGCUAUCCUGCUCUCACGUUUUCCACCGAGCGUGUCUGCAGGCCUUUGAGAGGUUUUCUGGGCGGAAGCGCUGCCCGCUGUGCAGAAGGGAGCCAUAUGAAACACGAGUCAUCAACGAUGCAGCUCGCCUUUUCCGACAUCGGUGUGCCACCAGGAUUCAAGCGUACUGGCGAGGUUACAAGGCUCGUAAAUGGUACAGAACUAUCAAGAAAAGCAUCUGCCCAAAAGACAAAAGGCUGAGACGUCAGUUUUUCGAAUCAAGGUUGCAGGAGUUGAAUGACAGCUUUGUCCGAUACUGUCACACCGACACGGAGGCUUUUCUGAGUGAUAUCGACCGCUCGCUGUCAUCAAGCAGACGAGUGUUCCAGCAGCUGGAGAGAAAGAGCGUCUCCGAACCUCAGGAGAACGACUGGGACCGAAUAAAGAGCCAGGUUAUCCAGAGAGGUGUGUGGGACUGCCCCAUCUGCCUGACUGCGCUGAGCAACCUCAGCCUCCCGACAGUAUCGGAGAGAUCCAACCAUCAACAGCGGAGACCAACCGUGCUCCUGUCCUGUUCCCACCUUUUCCACCAGCUCUGUCUUGAGGCCUUUGAGGCCUUCUCUGCAGAUAGCAGACCUUUGUGUCCACUGUGCAGAUCUGCGUACCACAAAAAACUCAUCUAAUAGGAUGGAGAUGGCAAUCUGGAUGAAUCCAUGUGGGUCACUCAAUAUAAAAUCAGAAUCAGCUGUAUAAAAUACUAAAAUAAAAUAAGCAUUUUUGCUGAAGCUGUGCAGAA